AUGACGAGUGUGUGGCGUCGACUGCAGCUCCGACUUGCAGGCACGACACCCGCUCGACGGUUCCAGGAAGAGGCUGACGUGGGUGUCGCAGCAGUGCUGAGCUGCUUCCGGAGCUUGAAACUGGACGCGAAGAACUACGACAGGGACAACGAAAAGCUGUUCGAACAGGCCGUGGAUACCAUUGGUGGGAUGAAGUUUGAGCAGCAGAAGCAGUACGUGCAAAGCGAAGUUGCGAAUCAGGUCCAAAACUGUUUUGAGGCUGUGCUGAAGAUACCCACUGACUCGGAGAAAAAAGCAUCCAAGAUAUCACUAUCGGGAUUUCAGCGUGAUAAUGAAGUGGUUGAGAAGCUUGGCAUUACCGACAGCUUCCAGAAAGCUUUUGGGUUCACCUUGAGUGUGGAAAAGUCUAGUGUUCCCGAUGCUGGCGAAGGUGUCAAGCUCUUUGGUCAUGCUUCCAUAGGAUCGCUGGUGGCGCUGUAUCCCGGCAUCGUUUACUUGCCGGAGCAUUACAAGAAGAAACGUUACUUGAGCGAGUUGUCGAGCAACCCGUACGCUCGAGCUCGCUUUGACAGUGUCAUUAUCGACGCCAAGAAUGAGCCGCCGAAUCCGCGCAAUCCACUCGCUGUCGGUCACAAGAUGAACCAUCCUCCCAGCGGCGCACUCCCCAAUGUCAUUGGUUUCGCCUUUGACUUUCCUCUAGAAGGUCCAUUCGCGGCCAAGAAAUUCGACGAGCUGAUUCCAAACAGUUUUGUGACAGAACCUUCGCGCCUCUCCAUGUUCGGCAAGCGCGCUAUCGUGCAUGGUCUUGCGUUUAUCGCAACGGCGGACAUUGCAGAUGGAGAAGAGCUGUUUCUCAAUUACCGCUACAAUCCGGAUCGUCCGCUUCCUGAGUGGUACACAGCUGUAGAUGUCGAUACUGAUCGCGCAAUGUGGAAAUAG